GAGCAGUGUCGAGACGAGUGCUUGGGCGGUGUAGUCGCCCACCGUCACGGGAGACUUGUCAUCUUUCGUCACCGAGUCUGUAGAGACGAGCUUUUGAAAGACUCUGUCGGCGACGAGGGAGGCCUUGAGUACUGCAGAGAUGGCGACUGCCGUCUCCUUUGCGUAGGGAUUUGUGGCACUCGUCAGGCUCGUCAUCUGUCGUCUCAGUGCGCCAAGCCUUGCGAGCAUAAAGCAAAGUGAUUUGGGUGCCCCAGACUUGUCCAAACUGGUAGGCUUCGGCCAGCAAUGGCAUCCCUCCUGAGCCGCUUGGGCGAGCGCAUCGUGUCAAGCAAGGACGACAAGGACUUACUGCCCGAGGAAGUACAGCUACGAAGGCACGACCGUCGGCUACGCAUCUUUACACGACUCAUCGAUAAAACUCCCCUCAUCAGUUGGAUCUUCCUGUUGGCGGGCUAUGCGUGGUUGCUCGCAUUGCCCUACAAAGCGCUUCAUCGCGGUCAUUACAUCAGCGAGAACGCGAUCCAACCUGCCCAAGUCAAUACGUAUUGGAGCUGGACAGAAGUGUCGUGGGCGGAUCGCUAUGCAGGUCAAGUCGCAGAAUGGGCAACGCUGCCUAGUCACAGCAAGGCAGAUCAGAUAAGGAUAGCGUUCGGCAAGAAUGGUCUUCCUGCUGCCACGCAGAGCUACUCCUACGACGCAGGCAACAGAAGUGUCGCGGGCACGAAUGCCUGGGCCGUCUAUCACGCACCAAAGACGGACGGAUCCGAGGCUAUCGUCCUCGUGGCUUCAUGGAAGAGUAGAAAUGGGCAGGUCAAUGUGCGCGGUAUAGCCACGUUGCUCGCUUUGUCGCGCUACCUCACAAAGUUCUCUUUGUGGUCCAAAGACAUCAUCUUCUUGAUAUCUGACGGCUACCUCGAAGGCGCGCAUGCAUGGCUCAAAGAGUACCACGGCCAGACACAGUCCAAUCUACGAGCAGACAAGCUACGAUUGACCAGUGGCGCCAUCUGGGCUGCUCUCAUCGUUGACUAUCCUUACCAUUCUUUCGAUCAUCUGGGUAUCUACUUUGAAGGCACAAACGGACAACUUCCUAAUCUUGACUACAUCAACUCUGUCACGCAUAUAGCUCGAUGGACUGGUGGCUCGCCUGUGCGACUUCACACAGACACAGACAGCCUGCGAUCGGAUUACUCUGGUCUAGCCUCUGCUCUCAAUCAUGACGAUAUUAGAGAAUACCAGAGAGCGAGCAAGAACAUUCUGCGUCAAGUGGGAUACUGCGCUCUCGGUACCCCCAGCGGACCACAAGGCGUGUUUGGUCAAUACCGUAUCGAUGCCAUCACGCUUUUUGCCAUGCCAGCAGAGGGCCCCCAUGGGUUCCACAGUCUCGGCAAAACGAUCGAAUCCACCCUUCGGUCGCUCAAUAACCUCCUCGAGAGGUUCCACCAAUCCUUCUUCCUCUACCUCAUGUCGACUCCCCAUUCUUUCGUCAAUGUUGGCAAUUACCUGCCUGGUCCGAUACUGGUCAGUAUUGCAAUGACGCUCAGCGGACUAGGAUUAUGGGGUCAGAUCUUUGCAAAGCGGAAGGACCGUCUCAAAGGCAGUCGUGACGCUUUACCCGCAAGACCUGUGCUGCUUGCAUUGAGCCUCGUCACCCUUUGCUACAUGCUCGGAGGUGCUACGCUUUACCUGGCAACGGCCAAGCUGCAAUUGAUCACCCAGAUACAUAUCCUCUGCUCACUAGCAGCAUUACCAGCCUUGGCCGCAUGGCCAUUUGCAGCGCUCGCGCGCAAUAGACAACACACAGAGCGACUGAGCGACGUUCUUCUCUGCUUUGGACUCAUCAUCAACGGCAUGGUUCUGGCCGUUGCGUCUACGCUCAACUUCAGUCUGGCAGCUGUGCUGUCCAUCGUCUCUGCUCUACCUUGGUUGGGAGCACGCAGCGCCAGAUCGCCAGCAGAUCGCUGGCUGGCCUCGAUCUUCGCACUAGCUUGCUCGCCACCGAGCAUAGCUUGCAUCGCUUUCGCUCUCAAGCCAUCUGGCGCCGUACCGGUGCUAGACAGUCUGACGAGGGACUGGAUCAUCGUUCGUUCGUGGACGUUACCUCUCAUUUUCCUCGUUGUGCAACCGGCACUGACGCAUCUGUUGUUGGCACUCUAUCUGUAAACCCGCCAUGAUGCAUACUGAAGUACAAAG